AUGGAGGCUUUUUUGAGAGGCACCAAGCGCAAGAAGAGCCCUGAAGCGGCGGGGGCCAGCUCAAAUGCUGAAGUGGAAGAGCCCACCGAAGUGAAGAUGGCCAUCUUGGCAUCGCUCUAUCCGGCCCUCGAACAGGAAGCCUUGCUCGACGUGCUCAUAGCACAUCAAGGAUCUGUCGACGAGGCGUCGGCGGCGCUUAGGUCACCCCCAACUCCUCGCAAGAGCAGCGGCACAAUCGGGUACCAGCGGUCCUUGAGGCCGUUUGCCAGUUCCACAGCGUCCGGUGCCCCGGUCCAGAAGAAAGCAAGGUCGAAGAAGGGAGUGACGCUGCAUCUGUAUGACCCGGAGGAUGUAGCGGAGCACACGCCCUGCACCAUCAUUCACAACUUCAUGCCACCUGAGCUUGCGAAUAAGCUGCUGCAGGAACUCCUACAGGAAGCUGAGACAUUCGAGAAGAGCACCUUCAAGCUCUUUGACAAUGUGGUCUCCAGUCCACACACGUCGAGCUUCUUCGUGGAAAGCUAUGACGAGAUCCAGCGACAAAAGACAGACUAUCACUACAACGGGGCGCGGCUGACGGACGUUCGCAGGAUCACGCCGCAACUCGUCGCCGUGAAGCCCCUAGUACAGGCAGCCGUUAACCGGGAGAUUACCAAUCGCAUCGCAACCCGGUAUCCUGGAGGCCAGAAGCUCCAGUUUCAAUCUCCAGAUGCCUGGGUCCCCAACUCUGCCUUUGUGAACUGCUACAACGGGCCACAGGAGAGCGUGGGAUGGCACUGUGAUCAGCUCACAUACCUCGGACCAAGAGCUGUCAUCGGGUCAGUGUCGCUCGGCGUCGCUCGCGAGUUCCGUGUACGACGAGUGUUGCCAAAGGACGACGGCGACAAAGGCCCAGAGAACGGAGACGCCGAGGGCCAGGUCGCCAUCCACCUGCCACACAACUCUUUGCUCGUGAUGCACGCAGAAAUGCAGGAGGAGUGGAAGCACAGCGUUUCCCCCGCACUGUCGAUUGAUCCUCACCCCGUCUCGGGCAACAAGAGGAUCAACAUCACCUACAGAGAUUAUCGCGCCAACAUGCACCCCCGGUUCACACCCAGAUGCACGUGCAACGUACCCUGCGUCCUCCGGGUCGUCCAGCGGAAGAAGGAGAAUUAUGCACGCGAGCCGACAUUGGGCUGCGAUCCCCUCAUUCAGCACACCAUGUCUGAGCAACUCGCCUUUGGCACGCCAGGCAAGGAUGCCAUUGAGCCAUACUUGCCGUCCACCACAGGUGCUUCGACGCCAGCAGAUCAAAAGCCCUUUGUGACCCUGACGUUUGCCACCUCACUCGAUUCGUCACUAUCACUGGCGCCUGGCGUGCGCACACGCCUCUCGGGUCCCGAGUCCAAGGCCAUGACACAUUACCUGCGAUCACGCCACGACGCCAUCCUAGUCGGCGUCUCAACGCUGUUGGCCGACAACCCUGGCCUCAACUGCCGCAUCGAGGGCGCGACGUCGCAGCCCCGGCCCAUUGUCGUCGAUCCGCAUCUGCGCUGGACACCCUCGGACUCGGACAAGGUCCUACAGCUGAGUCGAACCACGCAGGGGCUCGCGCCGUUUGUGCUCACGGGCGUCGCGCCUGGAGAGGUGCCACAGGAAAGCGCAGAGCUACUCGAGGCGCACGGCGGUCGGUUUAUUCACGUUGACCCGAUGACUCCAGACUCGCCUGACCGCCGGAUGCGCUUCAGUUGGCCAUCAAUCUUGGAGGUCUUGCGCGCGAACGGGCUCACGAGCGUAAUGGUGGAGGGUGGAGGUCGCAUCAUCAACACUUUGCUUCACCCAGAUGCCCAGGACUUAAUUGACUCGGUGAUUGUCACCAUCGCACCCACGUGGCUCGGCCAGGGCGGCGUGGUCGUGUCACCGGAACGAGUCCAAGACGAGCAAGGCAUGCCCAUACCAGCGGGCCGGCUAUCGCGCGUCAAGUGGCACUCGUUUGGUGAGGAUGUUGUCCUUUGUGGUAGUUUUAACCGCUGA